AUGCCAGCUAAGAAAGUGAAUGUAAUCGAAUUCCUCGCUAAGACAACUUUCAAUUUUCAUGACGACAUCAAGAACUGGAUAAUGAAGAGUGAAGUCAUUGUUUUCAUUGACGGAUUUGACGAAGUUUGCCCAGAUUUCAGAGAAAAAAUCAUCAACAUUUUGAUUGCAAUAAAUAAUGCUGGAGUCCCACUCUUUGUCGGAACAAGGCCAUACGAAGUGCACCACAUUCAAGAGAGGAUAAAAAACACGACGAUAGUUGAGAUCGAACCCCUUGAUGAAGCAAAGCAAAUCGAGUUCCUGCAGACCGUUGCACGAAAGAAUGAAAGAGAUAUCAAUCAAUUGAGGGAAAACUUCAAAGACAAAGAUAUUCUGGGAAACCCACUCUAUCUCAAUUUGUUGGCCGAAUACAACGGCGAUGGAAACUUGUACGAAAUCUUUGACACAAUAGUGAGGCGAAAAGUAGAAAUUUGCUUGAAGAGAGAAAACGGUGGCAAUGAUGUUGGAGACGAGACGAUUAAAAAAUCAUUGAAAUUCUUACAAUUGGUGGCCUCUCGUUUCGUAACAGGAGUGAAGAUCGAAGAAGGCAGUGUUACAAAGGAAGAAUUGGAAAAGAUCAAUGCUUUUGGAGUUGUGACAUACUUCAAUGAACAAGUCAAUUUCACUCACCAAACGUUUGCAGAAUUUCUUACUGCACAAAAAUUUUUAUACGAUUUAAAAAACCCAGGACCUGAAAGUGUUCCCUUGUUCAAUGAGGAAUUGGCGCAGUGCAGGAAGUUCGUCGACCUUUUCUUUUCUACGGAGAAGGGGAAGGACGUGACCUACGCAGAGGAUUUUGUGGAAUGUGCUAAAUUAAGCGACCCUGUAAAAUUACUCAAGCAAAUUUGUCGAGAGAAUUUGAGCCAAAUGUUCAGGUUGCUCAACCCCGAUCUCUCGUUAAAAGAUGAAGACGGUAAAAACGCUUUGCACUUCGCUUUGCGGCACCUUGAAAUGGUCAAGAAGGUUCACGAAAAGAACAGCAAUUUAGCGAUCGAAACAACCAAGAAUGGAGAAAAUUGUCUUCACCUGGCGAUUGGCGAUAACAAAUGCAGCGAGGAAGUCGCUAUUUGGCUCUUGAAAAACACUGAAGCGGACAAAAACGCUGAAACUGAAUUUAAAGAAACACCACUUCUGCUGGCAGGCUUAACACAAAAAUGGGAAGUAGCACGACAACUUUUGUUGUACAAUAUUGAAAUUAAUCAAAUUGGUUUUUAUGGAAAAUCAAUUUUCCACUAUGCCGUUUGCUCUAAUGAUAUAGUUUUAGUGCAAGAACUUCUUGAUAGGGGCGACAUUGUUAAUUUUAAAGAUUCAAAUGGAAACACAGCUCUUCACCUAGCUGCUAUGUUAAAUGAAAACCCUAACAUUGUGAAUUUAUUGCUUGAAAAGGGUGCCAAAGUAAACAUAAAGAACAAUGGAAAACGAACAGCACUGCAUUACGCUGCUGUAAAUAACGAAGGUACAGAAGAAGUGUUCCAACAGCUGAUUGUAUACGACGCCGACGUUAAUUCACAAGACGAAGUAGGAAACACAGCACUUCAUCUAACUAGUGGAUGGAAUGGAAACCCAGAAAAAGUAAAAAUUUUGCUCGAAAAAGGUGCCAAAGUAAACGCACAAAACAAUGAAAAAUGGACCGCACUGCAUUUUGCCACUAGACAUAACCCAGCUUCAGAAAUUGUCCAAACGUUGCUGGAAAACGGUGCCGACAUUAAUUUACAAACUCAAUAUGGAUCAACAGCCUUGCACCUAGCAGCCGGGUGGAAUAAAAACCCUGAACUAGUGAAAAUUUUGCUUGAAAAUGGUGCCAAAGUAAACGCACAAGACAAUGACAAAUGGACAGCACUGCAUCUGGCCGCUAGAUAUAACCCAGCUUCAGAAAUCGUCCAAAUGCUACUGGAAAACGGCGCCGACAUUAAUUCACAAACUCAAUAUGGAUCAACAGCCUUUCACCUAGCAGCCGUGUGGAAUAAAAACCCUGAAAUAGUGAAAAUUUUGCUUGAAAAUGGUGCCAAAGUAAACGCACAAAACAAUGACAAAUGGACCGCACUGCAUUUUGCCACUAGAGAUAACCCAGCUUCAGAAAUUGUCCAAAUUUUGCUGGAAAACGGCGCCGACAUUCAUUCACAAAAUAAAUAUGGAUCAACAGCCUUGCACCUAGCAGCCGGGUGGAAUAAAAACCCUGAACUAGUGAAAAUGUUGCUCGAAAAAGGUGCCAAAGUAAACGCACAAGACAAUGACAAAUGGACAGCACUGCAUCUGGCCGCUAGAUAUAACCCAGCUUCAGAAAUCGUCCAAAUGCUACUGGAAAACGGCGCCGACAUUAAUUCACAAACUCAAUAUGGAACAACAGCCUUUCACCUAGCAGCCGUGUGGAAUAAAAACCCUGAAAUAGUGAAAAUUUUGCUUGAAAAUGGUGCAAAAGUAAACGCACAAAACAAUGACAAAUGGACAGCACUGCAUAUUGCCGCUAGAUAUAACCCAGCUUCAGAAAUUGUCCAAAUUUUGCUGGAAAACGGCGCCGACAUUCAUUCACAAAAUAAAUAUGGAUCAACAGCCCUUCACCUAGCAGCCGGGUGGAACGAAAACCCUGAACUAGUGCAAAUUUUGCUGGAAAAAGGAGCCAAAGUAAACGCACAAAACAAUGACAAAUGGACCGCACUGCAUUACGCUGCUACACACAACCGACGUCCUGAAGUGGUCCAAAAGCUGCUUGAUAAGGGUGCCGAGAUAAAUGUAGAAAAUGCUCGUGGAGAGACUCCUAUAUUUCUCGCCGCUAAGCAUAAUCCAGCGAAAGAAGUUGUUCAAAUACUGCUCGAAGUAAAUAAAAGGACUAGAAAUGACAAACAAUGCACCGUUGUAUAA